UUUUGUUUGUUUCUGUUUCUGAAAGUCGUAUUUCUGAUUUGUAGUGAGUAAUGAACUGGCUCACCCGGGUAAAAAGUGUCAUUCAGGAGAGGGUGGCGCCCGAGGGGUGGAGUCUCAGUCCCGGGGCGGCACUACCGUCCCUCAGUGCGCGUGCGGAACUCCCACGCCCGGCGAAGGGCUCCUAUCGAUGCACUCUGCACUCGGCAGCUCUUUCUGGUAGCAGGCAGCCAUCUUGUCUGGAGCCUGACAGAGGAAGAAGCGAGACCAAAAGAAACGGGUGACAGUGGUCUUCCCGCCGCCCCGGGGGGCCUCAAGAGCCGGAGGCAGCCCCGGAGGCUUCCGCGGGCUGACACGCCAGAGGAGGAGACCGGGGAAUGGCCGCGGUGUGGCAGCAAGUAUUAGCAGUGGAUGCGAGUCCCUGUGGUCUGUGCCUGCGGUCCACCCUGCCACCUGACCUCACAGGUACAACGCAUACCGCACACCAACGUUCCCACAGUUUCGGACCCAGUAUAUCCGCCGGCGCAGCCAGCUGCUCCGGGAGAAUGCCAAAGCUGGGCAUCCCCCAGCCCUGCGUAGGCAGUACCUGAGGCUGAGGGGACAGCUGUUAGGCCAGCGCUACGGACCCCUCUCUGAGCCAGGCAGUGCCCGUGCUUACAGCAACAGCAUCAUCCGCAGCAGCCGCACUACCCUUGACCGCAUGGAGGACUUUGAGGAUGACCCCCGGGCCCUGGGAGCCCGCGGGCACCGCCGCUCUGUCAGCCGUGGCUCCUACCAGCUGCAGGCACAGAUGAACCGUGCUGUCUAUGAGGACAGGCCCCCUGGCAGUGUGGUACCCACAUCAGCAGCAGAAGCCAGUCGGGCCAUGGCCGGGGACACGUCACUGAGUGAGAACUACGCCUUUGCCGGCAUGUACCAUGUUUUUGACCAGCACGUGGAUGAGGCAGUCCCAAGGGUGCGCUUCGCCAACGACGACCGACACCGACUGGCCUGCUGCUCACUGGACGGCAGCAUCUCCCUGUGCCAGCUGGUACCCGCCCCACCCACCGUGCUCCGUGUGCUGCGGGGCCAUACCCGCGGGGUCUCCGACUUUGCCUGGUCCCUCUCCAAUGACAUCCUUGUGUCCACCUCACUCGAUGCCACCAUGCGCAUCUGGGCCUCUGAGGAUGGCCGCUGCAUCCGGGAAAUCCCUGACCCCGAUGGCGCUGAACUGCUCUGCUGCACCUUCCAGCCCGUCAACAACAACCUCACUGUGGUGGGGAAUGCCAAGCACAACGUGCAUGUUGUGAAUAUCUCCACGGGCAAGAAAGUGAAGGGUGGCUCCAGCAAGCUGACAGGCCGCGUCCUCGCUCUGUCCUUUGAUGCCCCUGGCCGGCUGCUCUGGGCGGGCGAUGACCGUGGCAGCGUCUUCUCUUUCCUCUUCGACAUGGCCACAGGGAAGCUGACCAAGGCCAAGCGGCUGGUGGUGCAUGAGGGGAGCCCCGUGACCAGCAUCUCCGCCCGCUCCUGGGUCAGCCGUGAGGCCCGUGACCCCUCGCUGCUCAUCAACACUUGCCUCAACAAGCUGCUGCUCUACAGGGUGGUGGACAACGAGGGGACCCUACAGCUGAAGAGGAGCUUCCCCAUUGAGCAGAGUUCCCACCCUGUGCGCAGUAUUUUCUGCCCACUCAUGUCCUUCCGUCAGGGAGCCUGUGUGGUGACGGGCAGUGAGGACAUGUGCGUGCACUUCUUUGACGUGGAACGGGCGGCCAAGGCUGCCGUCAACAAGCUUCAGGGCCACAGUGCGCCCGUGCUUGACGUCAGCUUCAACUGCGACGAGAGCCUGCUGGCCUCCAGUGAUGCCAGGGGCAUGGUCAUCGUCUGGAGGCGGGAGCAGAAGUAGGGUUGUGCUCGGCCCUGCUCCUGUCCCCGCCACCAGCUUUGUGUUGUGAAUAAAGUGUCUGUGGUGGUGGUGAGGACCAGCUCCCGGGUGUCCCGGGAGGCAGCACUGCAGAGCCCACAGCUCCGGGAGCCAAGGGGAAUGGGGUCCAUCGUCUGAUUCAUGUCUUCCCACGGUGAUGUGUCCGUUCAUCCAUUCAGCAAGCACUUAGCAAAUGUCCGCUGUAUCCCAGAGCUUCUCCACAGCUGUGCAUUCUGCAAGCACUGCCGAACACCAAAUCAGUGGUGCCAGGAAGCCUUCUGGGUAGUGGCGAUGUGGUGGGAUCUGCAGCCCUGUGGAGACAACAGCAGACAGAAUUACAGACUAACAUCAGCAUUUUUUUUUUUUACUUUAUGAUGGUAUGAAAGUGUCCCCAUGCAGCCAUUCUGUUCUUCACUUUCAAUACAGUAUUCGACACAUGCCUGA